CGUAGUUCGAAAACAUUUUUUUCUGUGAAAACUGAAAAUUAAGUUUUAAAAAAAUUGCAAAUUUUACUAUUUUAUAUCAUUCACUCAACGCUUGAUAGAAUUGUACGUAUUUCAUAGCUAUACUGGCACGGAAAAAAGUGCUCUCUGCAGCAAGUAAAGCGGUUUGUGAUAAGACUCAUACGCCUUCUGAAAUGAGCUCCUUUUUUAGGUCUAUUCAACUAUAUCACAUGUUUACAAGUCACGUUAAUCAAUUCAAAAACAUGCACGCAAUAGUAAGCUAUUGAUAGUUAAUUUCUUAAAAAAUCUUUGGAUUGUACGAAAUUGUGAUAAUAAUACAUUCAGUUAUAAUUUGCCUGGAGAUGUGAAUUGACGUGCCCUCUUACAUAAUACAGUAAAUGAUAGUGUAUUUACUCGAAGUUUCCAAAAAUAAGUAGCAUCGUUCAUUGAUUUAAUUUAUAUCUGUGUAUUUAAUUUAGUUUUAUUAAUCAAUGUUAAUAGUUCACAUAAUAAUAUUACAUCUAUUCAUAAGUGCAUAUAAUUGAUUAUUAGACAAAUAUUGCACUUACUCAAGAUGAAUCCAUUCUUACACAUGAAUAAUUCGAACGAAGAUUUGAAUUCGGGAUCGGAUUCUAGCGAUGGCUAUGUGACCUAUGGUUCAUUUGAUACGUGUAAUUCAUUGUCAAAUGAAGUACAUCUGAAUUCAUGUACCGAAAAUGAAAAUAGCACGAAGAAUCUCCGCAGCAAAAUUGAAAGUGAAAACAGAGACGAAAAUAGUGAAGCGAUUUCGGAAAUUGAUAAUGCAAGUAGAGAAUGGAAGCGGAAAAAUAAACUAUGGAAUUUACUAAAAAUAGCACUGCUAACUUUGAUUUGGAUAAUAUCUACCAUACUUUUGAUGUCAACGGACGAAAAAGUGCUCACAUAUCAUCAGCUAGUGAUCCCAUUUGGCCAAUGUAAAAGCUACACGCUUGAUGAGUUACCAUUGAAAUCAAGGUUUGGUGUUAUUUUGCGCGGUGCAUUUGCCGAUGAAGCUAGCACAACACGCAACUUUUUGUAUAUACAAUUUCAGCAGCCAAUAGUACAAUCGGAAGAAAGUAAUAAGAAUACAAGUAUUCCGUCUGUGCUUUAUAAUAGUGAGGUUGUAAAAAUUCCCAUAAUUGAUAAUAUCAGUCAAAUCGAUACGACAAAACAAAUCCAGAAAAGUCAUACGUUCUAUUUGGAAUCGAAUUUCUUCGAAAAUAUCAGAGAGAAUGUUACAAAUUUGGAGGUUCAAAUCACCACGAAUUUACCAAUUAGCUUUCCCAUCAAUUUUGCUUAUGAUCCAUCGCCAAUUGACAAAUCGAUCGGAGUCAUAUAUGCAACGGUUAUAUUGAUUGGUUUGUACAUAAUGAUUAUUUGGGAGCUUAUUGAUCGAACAUUUGCGGCAAUGAUUGCUUCAAUCGUUUCAAUGGCCGUUUUAACACUGAUGAACGAACGUCCGACAAUGUCAGAGAUUAUAGCUUGGAUCGAUGCAGAAACUUUAUUAUUGUUAUUUGGAAUGAUGAUUUUGGUUGGAAUUUUAUCGGAAACCGGCGUUUUUGAUUAUUUGGCUGUUUGCGCUUUCAAGAUUGCAAGAGGCAAAAUUUGGCCUCUCAUCUACUGCUUAUGCCUGUUUACUGCAUUUUUAUCGGCGAUGUUGGACAAUGUGGCUACGUUAUUGUUAAUGACACCCAUCUCAAUUCGUCUGUGUGAAGUGAUGCAACUGAAUCCGAUACCAAUUUUAUGUGCAAUGAUUAUUUUCUCAAAUAUCGGAGGUUCAAUGACACCAAUUGGUGACCCCCCAAAUAUAAUCAUCGCAACAAAUGACCAUGUCGUUAACAGUGGUGUUGAUUUUUUGACAUUUUCCAUUCAUAUGUCGAUUGGAGCGAUUUUAGUUAUUUUCCAAACAUAUUUACAAUUGCGUUGUAAAUUUAUGACGGUCAGCGAUUUACUCGUCAACGAUCGGGAUGACCUUCAGAAAUUGCAUAUUGAUAAUGAAGCGCAAUCAUCUGAAACGAAAAACGUACUUCCUAUAAAUAGUUUCAUUUCGAAGGAAACAUACGAAGAAACAUUGAAGGAACUUCAGCAGAAAUUUCCCAUUCGCAAUCGGCCGCUAUUGAUAAAAUCAGUUGUUGCACUUGGAUUCGUUCUAAGUUGUUUUUUUCUUCAUUCACUUCCGUACAUUGGACGAUUAUCGCUCGGCUGGACCACUUUGCUUGGCGUGAUAUUAUUAUUAAUCUUAUACGACCGUCGAGAUAUUGAGUCUGCUUUGGAACGCGUUGAGUGGUCAACAUUGAUAUUUUUCGGUGUUUUGUUUGUGUUGAUGGAGUCAUUAGAAAAACUUGGUUUCAUCGACUUCAUUGGAAAUCAAGUUAAAAAUCUCGUUCUAUCAGUAGAUGCUGAAUCUCGGUUGGCAAUUUCAAUUCUUAUCAUAUUAUGGGUGUCGGCCAUUGCUUCAGCUUUUAUUGAUAAUAUACCACUAACGACAAUGAUGAUUCGAAUCACUAUAUCAUUGGCAGAGACGAAAUCAAUUAAUCUACCGUUGCAACCGUUAAUAUGGGCAUUGUCGUUUGGUGCUUGUUUGGGAGGAAAUGGAACGCUGAUCGGCGCUUCAGCAAACAUUGUUGCAGCUAGUGUCGCCGAACAAAAUGGUUAUCGCAUCACAUUUAUGAAUUAUUUCAAGAUUGGAUUCCCCGUUAUGAUCAUGAGCAUAUGUGUAAUAAGUGGAUAUUUGCUAGUAUCGCACGUCGUUUUCUCAUGGCAUUGAUGACCCUCAAUAUGUAAUUGUUUUGAAUAAAGAGACAUUAUUUCACGGAUAUUUUAGAAAAAAGAUAUUUUUGUUCCAAUUUUAUACACGUAAAUUUAAGAAGGUAUUUUUUCAUUACAAUUUCAUAAUAGGUGAUAAAUUCAGGUGCAAG